AGAGAGUGAUGAAAAUAGGGACGGUGCGGAGAAUAAAGAGGGUGUGGAAAGCAAUGAGAAUAAGGAAGAUGCUGAGAACAAUGAAGAUAAAGAAACAAAGAAUGCAGGAAAAGAGGAACAACAAGAACAACAAGAACAACAAGAAGAAGAAGAAGAAAAGAAGCCUGAGACCGAAAUAGAAACGAGCGAAAAUGUCCAAACAGGUGGCGUCUCUGUGAAGAAGAAGAGAAAGAAUGUGUAUUUUGCUAGUGUCAUAAACAAUCAUCGGAGAAGACGUAGGAGAUCCGGGUCGAGCAAUGAGUCGAAAUCCACUUCUGAAUCAUCUGCCGACUCUGCUGACUCUAACGAAAUUGAAAAUGACAACUCCACGUCUUCUGCAAACUCCUUCUUCAAAAUCCCAAAGAAAAACAUGGGAUUGAGGAAACUCUCGCGGUAUCUGCAUCUGUUAGAGCCAAACGAAUACGUCUCAUCCAAUCAUACUUACGACCUUGUUUUGUUCACCACUGCGGACUCGCAGAAACUGAGAAAAACGUAUGCCAUUACCCAACAUUUGGAAAUGCUCAGUUUCUUCCAACGCAACUUUCGAUUCAAGGGUAUUAUUUUCACUUCCUCCCCGUCGCUAAUCAGUUUGGCUCAGUCCAAAAACGUGUUUUCGGCUCGUGGAAUCAAGAAGAACCGAUAUGGCCUUCCGCUGAUUCGGAGCAUGUUUGUGCAGGCAAAACAACAGUUUGACAGUGCGUAUUACGGAUACAUCAACAGCGACAUCCUGCUUCCUGUUACCGUGUUCAAUAUCCUAUCGAUCCUCAAUUACAACCGCAUGAUCGGCACUCUCUCUUCCAACGUACAGGUUUCGAUCUGGUUCGACGUAGUUCGAAAUUGCGGGUCGCGUUUCGCAGGUGAGUAA